AAUCUCGUCCGCCAAUAAUUCAGUUCGUAUUCGUCCUGCAAGCACCACCCCUCGAAGGGAAUCGAUCGUCGCCGUCACCUAUCCCCAUGGCAAUGUUUUCCUGCUCCCGUCGAACUGUCAACUGAAACAACCCAGUCCCAAACGCCAAACGAUGGAGUGCAGCUGAUUAGCAAUUUUCCGGAAUGGAAUCGGAAAAUGAAAGCGGCAAAGAAGUGACAGUUCGGGACCUUCAAUCCUCACUUUUUCCACCGACUCCUAAAUCGACCAGUGGAUUUUUUUCCAAUUUUUACAUCAAGAGCAACUUCGAGGAGGACCUCGACGAAGGCAAAAGGGAUGUACCGCCAAGGGAGUUGUUUUCGUUGACGAGGGAAAGCAAUUUCGUUCCUCAAGCGCCGCGAUGGCCCACCGAGUGCCAAGUGUUGGAGGAGAAAGUCAAACACAUAACUUACAUUCCUCCUACUCCAGAACCUUACUACGUACCAACGGGGAAAGAACCACAACCCAAACCCACAGGGGACGAAUGUGGCAUUAUUGUCUACCAAUAUACACCGAUAAGUGCCGUUAAUUACUUCAGUAGGUCUAGCGUCGGCGGAAGUAGGUACUUACUUCCCGCAUGUUUGUGUCCCGAGGAAAACACACUCAGAUUCGAAUCGCGAUUUGAAAGUGGAAAUCUAGCUCGAGCGAUUCGAAUCACUCCGAAUUUUUACGAGUUGUAUUUGCGAGCCGAUAUGUACACCAAUCGGCACAUGCAAUGGUUUUAUUUCCGGGUUACUAACAUGAGGAAAAAUUUUUUAUACAGAUUUUCUAUCGUAAACUUCUCAAAAGAAGACAGUCUUUACAACGAAGGGAUGCGCCCUCUCAUGUAUUCCACCAAAGACUCACAGUUACACUCAAUAGGCUGGAGGAGAUGUGGCGACAACAUCACGUACUACAGUAACGAUGAUGUGACGCCGGAAGAUCCGGAAGCUCAAAUGACUUAUACUCUUUCGUUUACGAUGGAAUUUCCUCACGAUGACGAUGUCGUGUAUUUAGCUCAUUGCUACCCUUACACUUAUUCGGAUUUGGAAGACUAUCUCACUGAAUUAUCGAAUCAUCCGAUCAAAUCCACAUUUACAACGAUAAGACUAUUAUGUAAAAGUUUGGCGGGAAAUAAUGUGCAUUACAUCACAAUAACGUCGGCUCCGGUUCCCGGAGAAGCCAAAGUAAGUCGAAUUUAUUUUCGAAACCAAAGCAAAAAUUUUGAAAAAAUUCAGAAAAAACGCUCAGUGGUUAUUACUGGCCGCGUCCAUCCGGGAGAAACGCCUUCGUCCUGGAUGAUGAAGGGUUUCCUGGACUUCCUCACCAGCGACUGCAGCGUCGCCAAGGAACUCCGAGACAGAUUUAUUUUCAAAUUGGUCCCAAUGUUAAACCCGGAUGGCGUCAUCGUGGGCAAUAACCGAUGUUCCCUUUCAGCUAAAGACUUAAAUCGGCAAUACCGCACUGUGAUGAGAGACGCAUACCCGUCCAUAUGGUACACAAAACUGAUGGUACGCCGACUUUUGGAAGAGUGCGGAGUGGCCAUGUACUGCGAUUUGCAUGCCCAUUCCAGGAAACAUAAUAUUUUUAUCUAUGGGUGUGAGAAUAGAAGAGGGGCGGAAAGGAAGUUACAAGAGCAAGUUUUUCCACUGAUGUUGCACAAAAACACGGCUGAUAAAUUUUCCUUUGAGAGUUGCAAGUUUCGGAUACAGAAGGCCAAAGAAGGGACUGGGAGAGUCGUGAUGUGGAUGAUGGGGAUUGCAAAUAGUUAUACCAUGGAGUCGUCCUUUGCUGGGUCGACUCUCGGGACUCGCAAUGAAACCCAUUUCACGAUCCAGGACUACGAACAAAUGGCGAAGAGUUUUUGCCAAACUUUGCUCGACUUUUACGACGAAGAUCCGAAAAAGGAAAAGUUGAGAAAUAAAAUUAUAAAUAGAUUAGUUAAAGAAGGGUCCAAUGCGGAUGAGCCUACAAAUAUUCACUUGAGUGACUACUCAAGCGAUGAGGGUGACACAUCGAGCACCAGCUCAAAUGAGGUCGGCCGCGACGAUGAAGAAUUUUUCUGCCCAGCUGUACCACCACCAUCACCCAUCAUUUACAAAAAAUUUAAACCUAAAGUGUACAAAGCUAAAACCAAAAUUUUGACGCGAAGUCCUAACGCUCCCAGAAAACCACUACCAAUUUGCAAAGCAACUCUAGGACUCUACUUAUCCGAGAAAGAAACGAAUUCGGAAAGUAGUUGUUCCGAGGACGAAUACAAAAUCCACAAAGCCAAAAAAACUGUACGAAGAAAAUCAAAAAAGAAGAAAGUUGGUACCAAAAAGAAGCACCAAAUUUGUGCCUUGUCCGAUUGCGAAGUCCAGUAUAAAAGUGUUUCAGUUUUUGAGUUGGUCCCGAGUGAGAAACUUGCGCAAAAUGCGACAAGGAGGUCAAAAACACCGCAGCCGAGGGUCGAGAGGAAAAAUACCAUAGCCCAACAAUUAUCAGAAGUCCAGGCAAAACUCCUGACUCUGAAAAACAAAAUUUGGUUCGGUGUCUCCGACGAAAAUGUGCCUUUAUCGUGGGGCCGAAGCAACUUCACUCCACCUCCCAUUCAGAAAAAAUCUCGAAAGAAACCACAAGAGAAAAAAGCUCCAGUCAAAACCACCGAACCGAAGAAACCAUCCGGAUUGCGGAGACAGGCGGCUGUGGAUUGGGGCCACAUCCAAAAAUCGAAGAGUCUUCCCGAGACCAAAUCAAAAAUAAAUUGCGACGAAGAUGACAAGAAGAAGCAGAAGAAGAAGAAGAAAUUCGGGAAGAAGGUGAAGAGUGUCGCUCAUGCGAAGAUUUUUUUAAAUAAAGACCAGCGGUUUUUAAGUGCUCGAAACAGGAUGAAGGACUUGGAAAUAAGUAAAGGGCUCAAGGACGAGAUAGAAACCAACCAAAACCAACUGAAAAAUGCUAUCCGUAAUCAUCAGAGUUUUGUCAUCAGACUGAAGCAGGACCCUGACAAUGUUAAUUUGCAAAAAGAAAUCAACAAGGCCGAACAGGAAAUAAUCCUCGUCGGUAUCACACAGAAAAGUCUCCUGGAACGCCUCCGCGAGGAAUACAAAGCUCAUCAAAAGUCGCUCAAAACCAACAUUACAAAAACUAGCAUCGAGGAGAGACGUUUUAACCUGAGCACGGCCCUGAACAGAGCCCGUAAACAAAACAUUGUGUCUCGCCCCACGUCCAUCUCGGUGUCGUCAGUCUCCGACGAUUCGGUGGAGGCAGCUUCCGUUAAUUCUUCCCCCGAACACCACACCUUCAACCCCGUGGACCCCCACGAAGUCACUCAACCGGAAUUUCUCAACAAUUUCGGACUCGUCACGCACGAUGUGUACAAGGAAAUGCAAAAUAAACGAGUUGAGAGGAAACGGCGGAGCACUGCUAACCCCCAUUUCCUCUACGGGAAUAAAGGCUGGGACUUCCAACCGAAAAGAAAACGUAACGCGUAUUUGUAUUCGUCGAUUUCGCCCCCAAAUACGCGCCAAGCCGUCCGGAAGAAGAACGAGAGGGUGUCUCCACCCCCGACUAACGGCAAUGCGAAGUUGCCGUUUCCCCAAAUUCCGAAUUUGCCGAGUGGGCUCACCAUCGAAAGGGUGAGCCCCACGAGCUCGUCGUCUGACUCCAAGACGUGCGUGACUUGUAGACAGCCGGGUUUAUUGACGACUUGCGAGAGUUGUAGCAAUGGUUUUCACGUCAGGUGUCACAACCGCCCUUUGGCUCAACCCCCGAGACAGUGUCCCCGUUGUAUUAAUAAGGAAGUGCGCACUGUGGGGUCCCUAAACGUGCCUUCGGGAAUGAGCGUGUCUUACGUGACGCCUUCCGAAGUUGCAGAAAAACUAGAGGAAAAGAAAAAGUUGGAAAAAGUUAAUAAGACACUUUCAGCUGAAUUGACCCAAUUGCAGGAUCGGCACUCGCAAUUGACGAUCUCGUUGAAACGUCAGAAGAGUCAACAAGAAGAGUUGCUGAUGACGCAACAAACGACUGAAGACAAAAUUAAGCAAAUUUUAACUUUUAUUAGUAAUGUUAAAAAUGAAAUUGUUUCUAAACCGACACAACCUCAGGCUCAGACAUGAAGAAGUGUGAUCAGUUUUGUUAGCAAAAUGUUAUCAAUAUUGUUAAGACUGAUGGUAUAUUUUGUUAUAAGAAUUUGUAACGAAUAAACAAGAGGACCACCUUUA